AUGGAAGGUUGCAUAUUCUGCGCAAUAGCAAAAGACAAGGAAAAGUUCAUCUGCGAAAGUGAACUGUCCUAUGCAAUCUUCGACAUCAAGCCCAUCACAAAGGGUCAUGCACUUGUCAUCCCAAAAAAACACUUCGAGAAUCUUUCGGUGACCGAUGACGAAUACCUACAGGACACAGUGCUACUGGCCAAGAAAGUGGCGUUUAGAUUAAAAGAGAUAUAUCCGGACAUCAAAGGUUUCAAGUAUCUUUCAAACCAAGGGAUUCUGGUCCGCAGGCUACCCAACAAAAACAAAAGGCUAUUCUGGAAGACCAAGAAGGAGUUUGGCCUGGAGGACUACGAAAGCUUUGUAUGA